AUGCAACAUGCUCGCGACUACCCUUCUGAUGACCUAUACCCGCCAUCGAGCCCCGUCCAACCUAGUGACCGUCUCCGAAUCCUUGCGCGCCAAGUUGGCAUGCGGUACGACAGUGUCGAGCCACAUAGCGACGACAGUUCAAGUUCUGGAAGUGACGGUGGCUUUGCGGCGGAGACGUUGAGUAACUGUGAGUUCUCCGUUGACUUCAGUUCACUGCCCGGGCUGCUGCCUGCUGCCGAGUUCAUGGAAUGGGAUGGUUCAACUGCUGCGGCCGAGCUGAGUCCGAGUCGUUCAAAUGAUGAUGUCGGGGAGCUGCUCAGCAUGACCACUGUGGAAAAUGGUGACUGUCCAGUUCAUCUAGAUGGGAACUCACCCAGAACACACCAUGGAUAUCAUACCGUGAUUUACGCGAGUGAUUACUUCAUGCGGAGGCACCUGCAGGGCCGGCGGCAUCGAAACGCGAUGGGAAGGCGUCAGGAGGUGCGCGAGAAAGAAGAGGCGGAUCACCUACGGAGUUGCAUAUUCCCUCAGCAAGCCCCCUCAGCAGACACCAGUUCCGAGGCCCAGUCCGAGGUGAUGCCUAGUUGGGUAGAGCCCUCUACUUCUGUAGCGAGCGGCAGUCUAGCCCUCAUUCCAGCACCAGCACCGGAGUCAUUCUCGAGUCACGGAGAUGGAGACGAGACGCACGAUUGUGGAGGAAUUCCGGUCCAGUGGGAUGCUGGGCCUGUCUUGACGACGUUUCCGUGGCACGUCAUGGAGGAAUGCAAACAGAACCUAGGGUUCCAUAUUAGCAGUCUGAAGCAGAGCGGUACCGAGCUGUGGUUGCAAUCAGAUCACUGCGAGGGAACCGUACUUCCCGACGAGGAAUCAUGCCCACCGUGUGUUUCUGUCCCAUCAUCGAAGAUGUUCCGUGGGUUGGAGGAUCGGGCUCGACAACCUUGGACUCCGCAUACGCCCUAUAUGUGGCUGAACCAGAAGCAGUACAUUGAAGCACUGGAGACAAAGACGUCAGAGAUCAGCGAGCUCCGUUCCAGAUAUUGUCCAAAAAAGGAACAAGCUGGGGCGAAGAAGCUUGAACGAACGGCCCGGAAACUGAACGACUGGAAGCGUCUUGUGAAGGCGAUUGCGACACAUGACGUCAAGCAGGUACACUACCUGAUUCGUAUCGCACUGAAGCAGCGUCGCGGGCCGAAAGCUAUCUUAGAGCGGUUCAACAAGGCAGUUGAUCAUGUCUACCACGCGCGAGGCCAUAGCGAUGACGACGUCGACCUUGCCUGCUUAAUCCAAUACUACGCCGGCCGGAAUGGGCUGUUCGCAGCUCAGAAGCACCUUGGACUGCCGUCGACUUCAUCUCUCUAUCGCCUUGCGAGGGCUCCAUCCAUCCGUCCAUCUGCUGGAAAGCCACGUUCAGCCGAUUUUGUGCACAACAUUCAUGCCCACUACCCACCCGGAACUCGCAAUCCAUCUACGAGAUGUGGCUUUUCACUGUCGGCAGAUGGGAUCGCUGUUGAACGUCGAAUGCGUUGGGUGAAGUCGAUUGACAGUAUGAUCGGCGCAUGCCGGGAACAUUCUGGGGGACUCGACCUGUCAAUGUCAACCUUCAACGCUGUCCUUGAGGCUGCGCGUGCUAUGGAUGGUGACUCACCGACGUGUCACUACGGCACCGAUGCAACCGUCUUUGGCAUGGCACCGUUUCGUGGCGACAGUUAUCACAUCGUGCCUAUUGGGCUAUCAGCAUCGUGCAAGGCAGAGAAAGCGGGCGAAUUCGGGGACAUACUCGACAUCUCCAUAGGCAGCUGGCAGACCCACGCGGCUGAGGACUGGGGUGACAUGUGGACGUUUUCAUGUGACGGGGCGACAACAUUCCGUGGCGCUUGCUACGACCGAUUGAUGGUGCGGGAGUUCGAUCGCUCGAGCGCACUGUACAGAAAACUAUCCCUGCUCAAGGGGCUCAAUCUUCGUUGCGGGAAAUGGGACGUUGUUCACGCACCAGACCCAAAGCAUCUAAUCAAGAGAGCUGCAACUCAUGUACGGAGCGCAGAGGGAUCAGUGCUGAAUGGAAUUGUCAUCAACCGCAUCGUGCUCACAAGGUUCCUCCGGAUGUUGCCAGACCAGACAAACGCCAGCGUUGAUAUCUUGGUCGAUCCAGCCGACCAUCAGAACGUUCCGCGUGCUACAAAGCUUUUACAAGCUGUAGUUGAGCUGUCAGAGCUGGAGCCUACCACGCUCAGUCCAAUUGACAUGGUUACGUACCGCGCAAUCUGCCUUCAGGCUUAUCUAUGGCGUUCACUCUUGGACCCCUUCAUUGAUCCCACGCUCUCGCUCUCCGAGCAGCUCACACGCCUCUCCACAUUUGCCCACGCAGCAUUCAUUCUAUACCUGAAACAUGGAUCAGCGUUCAUGUCGAACCAACUCUACAGCGAUAUCCAGGCACUCAUCAAGGCAAUCUUCGUAUGUGUUGCACGACAACAGCUCCUGGACGGUUCGAAGCCCUUCUACAUCUAUCAGGUCGGGAGCGACAGACUCGAAGAGUUGUUCGCGGAGGUCCGAACACAAUCCCACGAUCGGAACUGCGACAUGGCGCAGCUCGCAGAACGCUUGUCAAUAUCUGCAAACAUAGUUCAGAUCUAUAACCGGCAUCCAGAGUGGAACCGAGGCCAGCGGCGACGCUCGUUCACUGGACGCGAAGGUGUAGACCAUGUCAAUCCACGCUUCUUCCAGGGUGACAUGGUUGUAAAGAACGUACAGUUGGAAACAGUCUGGCACUCUGGCCUAAUUGCGGCUGAGAAGACCCUUCACACGCACGGCAUCUAUGCCAACUUCAACGACAAGCUGUCCCGCCCUGGAGUCGACUUCAUGAAGCCCCGGGGUGACACAUACCCUGGUGUAUCCAGCGAUCCUGAUCGUUCGGCCGCUGCCAGCACAGGUGUCAACGCCGAGCCACAUGCGCCACCAACGUCCAGUCGUGGGCAGCCUACAGGACCAUGCGCGCAUGAGGAUCAGCUAGCCGAUCCUGACCUUGUCAAUAUGGGACUGGGCGACUUACUGUCGAGUCCUGAUGCCGACGGCAACAUCCAGACCUCGGAGGAAAGAGACACAGACUGGCUCGCUGUACCCAACGAGGAUGGAAGCGACCCAAAGGAGCUCCACAAGGCUUCAAUUGUCAGCGCCCUCUUCAAUCCCGCGGGUGGCCGUCUCUCUGUAGACCGGCUGCGCCGCGUUCGGGGAUACCCUCGUGUCUUCCAGUCUGAGCUCGGCAGCGAGGAGCUGUCAGGAGAGGACGUACUGAACGUUGGAGAUACAGUCCUUGCUCCUAUCCGCUCUCUUGAUUCCGUAGCCGCUGGCUUUAUUCAAGUCAAGGGCAUCGAGCAGAAGGGAAGCCGCGUUGCGCAGGUCACCGAAGCGGACCUCGAGCAGGCGUCAAUGGAUGUCGUGCUAUCGGGGCAAGUCUUGUCCAUGUGUCUCGGUGCCGCUUCCACUGGCAGUAACGAUAACCCUGCCGCGGCCACUGCUGGUGGCACGUCGAUCCCCGGACCUCCACAUGAAGCCUCGCAAUCUAAUCAGCCGGUGCCGGAGUCUGCAUCUGAAAAAUGGAUCUGGACGGGUGAAUCGAUUCGCUUUCUCCCCGCAAACGCAGGGGCAGCGACACGCACCGCGCAGAAGACGGAAGACGGGACACAGAACGCGCUCAUGGUCCAAGUGCCUGGUUCCUUCACUCAGCCUGUCGACCUGGCGAUUGCACCAAUAACCGUUCUCCCACCCGCGCGGCGCAAGGUACUGUACGAACGCGGCGUGUUACAUACAUGCACUGCGGAUCACAAAGCAUUGCAAGAACUCACCGCGACCAUGUUCAAAACCAUAGACCCAAACGCGCUCCUUCGUCAACUGACCAGAUAUGGGCCUGCCACGGAGUCAAGACAGUUCCCCUAUCUGGAUCAACACAGUCGCUCGCCCUUUGCGAUUGAUGGUGUAAUGCGGCUGAUCGCGCAGAAGAACGAAAGCGGUGUGACAGGCAACCGGAUUCAAUGUUACCAAUGCGGACGUAUCAUCGCACCUGAAUUAUGCCGUACACAUGUCAGCGAGCAUAUUCUUCGCGCGAUGCUUGGAGCGGAAGAGCCAAAUCUACGAGAACAGGUUCAUCCAGAGUACCCUUGUGGCUUCUGCGGGCGGACGGGAUGUGACGUCGGCCUCUCGAAAACAACCUCCUCUUAUCAGCCGGUCUCGAAUUGCCCACAUGCCCACAAGUUCUCUCUCGCAUCGGCCAAGAAGCACUCUGCGCGCAUGCCGUCAACAAAUGUUCCGUUGCAGUGCGACCUGUGCGACGUGAAUCCUGCGACGAAACUCAAACCAGUCCUGUGGAAGUACAACAUUUUCCGACACAUCCAAGACGUGCAUCCACAACACUGGAAUGCUGACGCUCGCCGCUCACAACACCUCAGUGAAGGGUUCGUCGCAUCGAUCAAUGUCGAUCCGCAUGAAGUCCCAGCCAUCGCUCCGAACGCCCCGCGCACCUAUCCCAUUCCCGACGCAGAAGCCGAGACACCUUGUCAAGAAAGUUCGGCAACAAGCAAGCGUCCCGGAGAGCCUCAUGCCGGAACGCGUUCGAGCAAGCGUGUCAAGUUUUCCUGACUCGUUCGAUCACAGUGCUGGCACUGGCUCGUUCAACUCCGUUUCCGUGUAUAUUAUUAUUAUGUAUUGUGUAGACGUAUCAUACACCAGCUACAGUUUGUCUAAUAGAGCGCCGACAGGCUACCACCGUGUUGACACGAAGUCCCAUUCCGAACCGUUAGUUCUGUGUGUCUGUCUGGCGACUCGUCACUGUCAGCCUGGUCCUGCCGUCUACUGGGCGCUUGCACUCCUUCGGGCGCUAAGAGUAGGUAGGUUGUGGUCAGGUUUUCGGGGUCAUGGCACGCACUUUAUGGGGGGUCGAUAUUCUGAAAUCCGACUGAUGGAAGCCCCUUGCUG